UCCACCUCAUUCCCCACCUCAUCUCUUCUGCAACUCAUUUUUCUUCAUCGAGCAACUCCUAUGUCCUCCGUCUGAAACUUUGCAACUCUGAUCGAAUCGCUUUGCAACUCCGAUUCCUCUCCGCCGUCUUCUGUCGUCCCUACGGCCUCCACCUGUCGUUGGCUCCAAACCUGGUUAGUUACUCCUUUUUCGAUUUGCAUCAAACCCUAGCCAUCUCCAUCCUCUCUUCCAUAGCUGUCGAACUCACCACCUCCAUUUCUUCUCCAAACUACCGUCGAACUCACCACCCCUCUCCUCUGUUCAAAAUCGCAUCACCAUCCUCUUCCCAACUCCAUAACCACAUCACUUUCCUCAACCAAUUCCAGAAUCGUUCCUUCGAACUCCACCGCACCACCACGUCCUCCUCAUUUUUAAUCCUGUUGCUAAUAGUUCCAUUGUCCUCUCUCUCUCGAACUUCCGGCGUGUAGGACCACCACUGCACGAUCGCUGGCGUAGAUCUGAGGCGGUUCUGGCGCUGCUCCGACGCGGUCCUGAUGUUGCUUCGAGGCUGCUCCGUCACGGCACGAAGAGGCUGAAGCAGCAAGGUGAAUGGGACGCCCUCUGAGGCAGUUUGGAGUCUUCAACUCUGGAAAAUUGGAAAAAAGGCUUGUGUUGCUGAAGUGCCAUUCUUCUGAACCUGGAUUUUCUCCUUUCUCAUAUAUUUGGUCUCUUGAAAUUUCCUUGAGUCAAGCUCAAUUCAAUCAAAAUGACGAUGAUAGUGAUGAAGAAAGCAUUCUGGUUUCCCUGGGAUGGUCAAGCUUCAAAAGAAAUGAGUGCCUUAGCCUACUAAAUUCACUUUCUGAGUCAAUUUCCCUUCCUGAGUAUUCUUGGAGAGGCGAUGUAGAAAAUUUUUUCUUGUCCAUUGCAUGCAUAAUUUUAUGCACUGCAUCAAGUUCUGUUAAACUAUACACAGAACGGAUGAGAUCAGUGCAAUUUCUAGUAGUUGAUGAAGCAGCUCAAUUAAAGGAAUGUGAAUCGACCAUUCCAUUGCAGCUUCCAGGUCUCCACCAUUGCAUCCUAAUAGGUGAUGAGAAACAGCUUCCAGCAUUGGUUAAAAGCAGGACUGCAGAUAAUGCUGAAUUUGGAAGAAGUUUGUUUGAGAGGUUGGUGCUCUUAGGUUACAAGAAGCAUAUGCUUAAUGUUCAGUAUCGGAUGCAUCCAUCCAUUAGCUUAUUCCCAUGCAAAGAGUUUUAUGAUGAAAAACUUACUGAUGCCCCCACUGUCAAGGGAGAAAGCUAUAAUAGAAGUUUCCUUGAAGGUGAAAUGUUUGGUUCUUAUUCUUUUAUCCAUAUAGCAAAGGGGAAAGAACAGUUUGGUCGUGAGCACAGUUUGAAGAACCAGGUUGAAGCUGCAGUUAUUUCUGAGAUAAUUGGAAGCCUUAAAAAAGAGUUUAUGAGGACUAGGAAGAAAAUUAGCAUUGGAAUUAUAUCUCCCUAUAAUUCUCAAGUUUAUGAAAUCCAACAGAAAAUUAAGCACCACAUUUCAGUUUCUGAUCCUGACUUCUCUGUCAGUGUUCGUUCGGUUGAUGGAUUUCAAGGAGGGGAACAGGAUGUUAUAAUAAUUUCUACUGUGAGAUCUAAUCCUAGUGGAAAAGUGGGGUUUCUUUCCAAUAGACAAAGAGCAAAUGUUGCUAUGACUAGGGCUAGAUAUAGCCUUUGGAUAUUAGGAAAUGCGGCAACACUGGUUAGCAGUGACACAGUGUGGAAGCAGGUAGUUCUUGAUGCUAAGAAAAGAGAUUGUUUCCAUACAGCUGAUAAGGACAAUAAACUGGCUCGGGUUAUUGAGGAUGUUGUUUUUGAGCUUGAACUACUUGAAGAAUCUGAGUCGAUGUUUAAGAAACUGAAUCUAGGGGAGAGGUCUUCCAGGCCUCGGAAAGCAAGGAGGUGAUAAUGUGAGUCUCUCUCUGGUGAACUUAAAGUGAAGAGGUGUUAAGACCACUAUGGACAUGGAAUCCUGAGGAGCAUUUUUAGAUUUUCAAUCUUUGCACAAUGAACUGAAAGUUGUGAUAGCAUUUUGCAAUGUGGGAUUUGAGAUGGUUGAUGCUAUUGCUGAAGCAGAAGGAAUAUCUAUGAACAGUGUUUCUUUCAAAGCCCUGUUUGGAAAAGUUUUGGGUGUGGUAGGUUGCAGGAGCUGCUGCUGCUGGUCUUUCUCUCGCUCAUGUUGCUGCAGAAGCGCAUCUGAGAUUGAGAACCUUGGUCAUAUUGAGAUUCUUGUUUGUGCUCAAAUUUGUUAUAUACUACUUGUUACAAUUCUUUUCUCCUUGAUGAAUUGGAAAAUCCCCUUUUAGUUUUCAAGUUUUUACUAAUUUGAUUGGUUAGUCCUUCUUUUCCCCUUCCUGUUUUCUGAUUUCAUUUUUUCUUUCUCUUAUGGGCAACCAGUUACAAAAGGACCCUCUGUUAGUCAUUAUACCAAGCUGUUAUUUUCCUUAUAUAAGAACCCUUUGGAUAAUUGGAUUGAUUAGCAUUAGAAAAUGCCCUGCAAGUUUGUGGGAAUGGUUAUCUGGUUUAUGUUGGGAGGGUGCAUUUGCUGUCAUGUGUGGCUUUAUUGUCAAAGUUGGAAGAGAAGGAACUUCUGUGGCUUUAUGUUUUUUCUUCAUAGUUACGCGUUUGAUUGUAUUGUCAUCUCAUAGGGUUUGUUUCAGAUUCAGUAUGACACUAUAACUAGAAUGUAAAUUAAUACAUGUAAUUAUAUUUAGGCUUUUAGACACGUGUGAUUAAAAUUAAGCACGUGGUUCAGUUAGUCAGUUAGAAUUAGUUUUAGCUACAGUUAGUUAGUUAGAGAGUUUGUUAUGAGUUAGUUGAGAUUAGCUUAGUUGAUUAGCAUUUGUAUAUAAACACAUUUCUGAUCAAUAAACAAACACUGAUUCAGAAUCUACAAAUUUUCUCUCAAUAUGGUAUCAGAUUGAAUCACACGAUGCUUCCGAUCAUGGAAUCGCAGCAACAACGUUGUGAUUUCUUGGCUUUUCAACUCAGUUUCAAAGGAAAUUGUGGCUAGCAUCAUGUAUUCUGGCACUGCAACAGAGAUAUGGCAGGAUCUGCGUGAGCGUUUUGCACAGAAGAAUGGACCUCGAGUUUUCCAGCUCCGUCGUGAAUUGAUGAGCCUCAAUCAGGGAUCGGACUCGGUAAGUGUUUACUACACAAAAUUGAAGACAAUUUGGGAUGAAUUGCUCACAUACAAGCCUGUUGUGAACUGUAUCUGUGGUGCAAUUCAACCUCUUAUUGCUCAUGCUGAAACUGAGCAUGUUAUGUCUUUCUUGAUGGGAUUGAAUGAUUCUUUCUCCCAAGUUCGUGGUACCUUGCUGCUCAUGGAUCCUAUUCCGCCUAUCAAUAAGGUUUUCUCUCUUGUUAUUCAAGAGGAGAAGCAGCGCGAGGUCAGCAAUGGUGCUGGUAGCUCAGCCACUACAACACAAGCUUUUGCUGCGACUGCAAGCUCCCAGGGAGGCUCUCGUUCUUCCGACUCAGCAGAUAAAGCAAAGAACUGAAAGAAGGAUCGCCCAAUUUGCUCUCACUGUGGUAUUCCUGGUCAUACAGCAGCAAAGUGCUUUAAGCUCCAUGGUUAUCCUCCUGGAAUGAAGCCAAAGUCUAAGCCUUCUACACAUGCAGUAGCUGAUCAAUCCAGUGGCACAUUUCAGAAUGCUGUUACUACUUUGUCACCAGCACAAUGCAACCAGUUGAUUCAACUACUUACAAAUCAACUCACCACUACUUCUCCGGACUCAGUUGAUGUUCCUGAAUCCUCAGGCACCAAGUCAGGACAGCCUCAAUUUGAGAAUGAUUGGGAAGGCUAAACCCAAAUCUGGAUUGUAUUACCGAGACACUAGGACUUUGGAUGAGACCUGCAAGUUGCAAUUUCUUUCUUUUACUUCUGCUGUAAAUAGUACCAAAGCUAGCUCUGUUGUUUCAUCUUUUACACCUUGUACAAAGGUAGCCAAAUGUCUAUGGCACUAUCGUUUAGGUCAUUUGUCUUUACAAUAUCAUGAUAUGUUACCUACCAAUUGUAAUAUACCUGUUUCAAUUUCAAAUGAAAUAAAGUCUUGUCCUAUUUGUCCA